AUUAACCACAAAUAUGAUAUCAUCGAAAUAACUCAUCCAAACAACCGAAUAAUUUUAUUUCGUAUUUAAGAAGGGUAAAAGAAGGGCAAGUAAGAUACCUACCAGUUACCAAACAGGUAAAUCUACCUUCUUCGAAAUCUUCAGGGCUCAAUCAAUAAAUGGAAUUUGUUGGGAUUUUUUACUGCCCAAAAAAUUUGGCAGUUACCACAGCUAGAGAAGCAGAUGAGAGUCCAACUUGGCGACCACAUUUUUCCUACUUUCUCACUUGUCACAGAAUUCUCCAGACCAAUUCAAUAUUUUUAUUAAUUGUUUUAAUUAAUUCUUUAGCAUUUUAUAUAUUUCAAAAUUUCCUUCCCCGUAUUAUAUAAAUCUCACCGAAUUCAUAGAAAUGGAAGUCUUCCCUUUCCCUUACUCUGAGAAACAGAGAAGAGAGAGAGAAAGCACAAGACCAGAAACAGAGCAAGAAGAAAAAAGGAAGGAGAAAAAUGGAGCUGGGCGGCCUUCAGAGAUCCGCGACGUCGUAUCGCCGCCAGGGAUCCUCCGGACUUGUGUGGGACGACAAGCUCAUCGCUGAAUUCAGCCGCCAGGCCGACGCCGAAAGGGCUGAAAGGGCAGCGGCCGCCGCAGCCGGCGGCGGAGAUCCGUCGUCCUCCCCCGAUGCUAUCACCGACACCACGAACCUCCGGGUCAAAACCGACGCGCCCUCGUCGGAGCCGGCCAAGAUGCGUCGCAGCCACUCCGCCGGCGGGCGCGCCUACCGGUCCGUGAAGGUCGCCUCGUCGCCGAAUCCCAACGUCGAUCCGCCUUCCCCCAAGGUCUCCACCUGCUGUGCGAUCUUCGCGAGUCCCAAGCCUCCCGCCGGCGGCCGCCGCCCGCGCAGCAAGCAGCAGCAGCCGCCGCGGAGGCAGAUGAGAAAGGCUAGUAAGCGCUCUUGAUCGAUUUCACUUUCCCCUGAAUUUUAGACGUCCGAAUUUUGCCGCUGUAAGGGGGGAGGGGGAUUCAAAAUCCGAUCUGUUGAAACUACAGAGAAUCCAUCGAAAACCAAAUUCCACGGCUUUCUUCAUCAUCUUCUUCUUCUUCUUCUUCGUCUUCACUUGGGUCUGUUUGUUUUCUUUUGGGUUCGUAUAAAGUUGUCUUCUUUAUGGUGGGUUUGGAUUGGAUUAGCGGGUUUGUGGAUGUACAAAGACAUAGAUAUGUAGACGGUAAAAGCAGCCGAUUUUCGAUUUCGAGGAUUCGUAAAUCCCGAAUUUGAAUCUCGGCUGUGUCAAAUUGAUGUUCCACUCUAUCAGCUUAUAUAAAAAAAAAAGGUUCAUGUUUGCCAAUUUUAGUACUCUGUUUUCUUCUCUGGAUGGAAGUCGCACGGUAAAGCCGUUGAUUUUCGAAUCGGAGGUUUCGAGAAAUCCUGAAUUUGAAUAUCGACCUGCGUCAAUUGAUGAUCCAUCCUAUCAAGCUUAUGAAAAGUUUCAAUCUUUGCCAUUUUCAGUUCUCUGUUAUUCAUCUCUGGACUGAGAACUCACAGCAUAUGAUUUGUUUGUUUGUUGAGUUAUGGAUUCAUGAGCUCUUUGAUCUUUAUGAUCACCCUUGAUCUGAUUUGGGAUUAUGAGUAUAUUAUGAUGAUUCUUCUGUGAUUAAUUUCUGGUAACCAAUAAUUAGCAAAGGAUAUGGGAGAGGGGGAUAAAAAGGGUGGAUCCUUUUGGAGGGAGGAAUCAUUCUGGUUGAUUACAAAGUUGAAUCACAUAGCUUGCAUUUUGUCCUCUUCUGUUGGGUCUUAACCACUUAAUUUAAUUGGGGUUUUCUCAACUAAUCACUUUCUAUCUGGGUGAAUUACAUAAACAUCCACUUAGUCUUGGGUCACUAGACAAACUGGUCAUUGAAUUUCGAUUGUUGAACAAACGAGUCACUGAAAUUUGGAUUAAGUGGGGUUUCAUUUGAAUUGUUAAGCUUUUGGAUACAAGGAAGAAGUGAUUACGAUGAUUUCUCAAUGUUGAACUAGAAUAUCCACCAGAGUAUGCAAUUGGGUUUACGGCCAUUUUGAUGCUCUGUUUUGUCAGAGUUGAGAGAAGGUUUCAUAAAACGACGAUUUGGCGUUCACCAUCAACACACUGAUGACCCAACUUGGCAUAAUAAAAACAGAGCAAUUCGAUCACGACAUAAUCGAGCAGGCAAAAGCCAUCUCAAUGAACGAAGAAGAAGAAAAUGAAAAAAAAGAGGGGAAUCUUAUGGUUGGUGAUAAUGCAGAGGCUGGCGAUCUUGUCUUUGAGUCGGGUGGGCCGAUAUCGUUUUGAGGAUUGCACAAUCGAAAGUGGUGGUGAUGAUGAUGAUAAUGGUCUUAUCAAUCUAUAAUUGCUAAUGAAUUCGUGCUAAUCUUGAUUUAGUGUGGUUGCUUACGGCUGAUUGCAUCAUCUUGACUUGAGGGAGUUUUGGAAUUUUGGUAUGAGAUUAUGCAGAUCUAUGUGUCACGAGUUAAUUGGAAAGUUCCAUCAAAUAUCUUGUUUUGGUUAGGAAAUCAAAUCGUGAUGUUUAGUUUUACUAAUCAGUUUCUAUCCAUGACAAAAUUGGGUUUUAAAGAAAAGUGGUCCAAGGAUGGCUAUAUCGUAACCAUAUCUCUGAGUGGUACAAGAUUUAUAAUCGAAUAUCUCUCAACAAUUCAUAUUAGCGAGUUCUCAAUACGGUAUGGGAGCCUACUGCGAUCGAGAGGAUUUGUGUUCGAACUUCGAAUCAAGGCGAUCCCCCUGU